AAAAUCGACAUUUCCCUUUGAAGUAUUCUUUUGUGUCUGUCUCGUGACUUGCCUUAUUUGGUAAAUGUAAAUAGCUUUUUGUAAAUCGCUCAGCCGGUUUCUAGAGAGAGUGGAGCUUGGAAUUGUGUUUCAGUUUAGUAUUCAACCUGUUGAAGUAAAGCCCGAGGAGAACAAUUGAAGGCAUUCAUUGCAGCCUAGCCUGAUACCAGGUGGUCAGAGAAUCAUUAAACUGUCUGGAUAAUGGAUUCAAGUAGUUCAUUUUUCAAUUAUUCCUCGAGCACUGUUACGGCAGGUACUGCCAAUGCUAUCAGUACUUCAUCUAGUCUGUCCUCUGCAAUGGACAACACGACCAUCAAUAACAAUGAUGUACAUGUCCAUCGCAACAAUGACCAUCUACAGGAUAAUGGAUUGUUUGAAAGCCUUCAGUCUGAGAAGUACAUGAGUGUAUUUUGGCAUAGUGGACUAUUAGGAGUUGCAUACUAUGACUCCGGAACAUCUCAGCUACACCUAAUGCUAGAUAUCCCGGAAACAGUCAAUUUCACUAUACUAAAACGAGUCUGUCAAGAGGUGGAGCCUGUCAGUAUUGUUGUCAGCUCUAAACAAGAUGAGAAGUUUUUGAAAGUAAUACAGCCAUUAGAUACAAAUGAAGUGACUGAUAUGCCUGUUGUAAACCAAACAGGUAGAGUGCACAUUCUGCCCAGUAUUGACUUUGCUCUGGAAUCAUGCAAAAGACGUUUAGUAUCAAUGAACCUUCCGACAAUACCAGACCACCUCACAGAUGUUGAGAGGAGUAUCUACAUCUCAUCUAUUGUACCAUUUGAACAUGAGAAAGUUAUCCGUGCUGCUGGGGCUCUGUUGAAGUUUUUAGAGAAGCAACGUGUUGGUGUUGAACUAGAAGAUGCCAGUGUGAAGGUGCCAAUUGUAUCCCUCAACAUCUUUUCUUUGAAGGACACCCUUUUCCUUGAGGAAAACACAUACAGCGCACUUCAGAUAUUCCAGAAGGAAUCUCACCCAUCGGCAUACAAGAGUGGAGGGAGUGGGGCCAAAGAGGGACUUAGUCUUUUUGGAAUUUUGAAUAAAACCAAGUCAGUAAUAGGUAGCAACCUAAUGAGGAUCUGGUUUAUGCGGCCCUCACGUGACAUAAAUCUUCUACGCCAGCGUCAAGAAGCUGUUGCGUUUUUCAUGUCACCUAGAAACAUUGAGGUUGUGUCAUCUUUGCAGGAUUGUCUCAAACACAUUAAAAAUGUUCCGAGAAUCCUGUCCAAAAUGAAGCAGGCCCAGGCAUCUAUAGGGGACUGGCAAGCAUUAUAUAAGACUGCCUACAAUGCUGUGUACAUUGGGGAUAUUUGUAGAUCACAGCCAGCAGAAUUAGAAAUCUUUAGGAAGAUUGCUAGUGACUUCACUGAAGACCUUCAUUCCAUUGCAAAUCUCAUCAGUAGAAUCGUUGACUUUGAUGAAUCAGUUGCACAAAAUCGGUUUACUGUGAAAGAAGAUGUCGAUCCAGAACUAGAUCACAAGAAGAGAACCUUCAAUAGCCUGCCAAGCCUUAUGACACAGGUUGCACGUGAAGAGUUGAACAGCUUGAGUUCAGACAUUGAGGAAUGCAACGUUAUAUAUCUACCACAGCUUGGUUACCUGUUGACAAUCCCACGUAAACCUGAAAUGGUGAAUUUGGCUGAUUUUGAAAUGCAAGGUUUCCAGUUCAUGUUCAUGUCAAAUGACAGAGUCCACUACAAGAGUGCAGGAACUAAUGCUUUGGAUGAAAAACUAGGGGAUACCCAGUGUGUCAUUACAGAUCACGAAACCCAGAUUAUGCAUAGAUUGCAGAAUAGCAUUUUAGAGAGGAGUGCAGUCCUCCUGAAAGUCAUGGACUUUGCAGCAGAAAUUGAUUGGUCCCUCAACUUUUUUUUCAUGGCACAUAUUGGUAGCUUUGUACCAGCAGAAGGGGCUCAUAUUACCCUGUUGGAUGGAAUUUACAGCAGAGUACAAACCAAGGAGUCGGUCUCUGUAGGCCUGUCAACCUUCAUGAUAGAUCUAAACCAGAUGUCACAGUGCGUACGUAAUGCAACAGCAAAGUCCUUGGUGAUUGUGGAUGAGUUUGGCAAAGGCACAGAGACUGGAGAUGGUGUUUCAUUGCUGUGUGCCUGCCUCAGGCACUGGCUUGAUCAGGAGCAACACUGCCCUCAUGUGUUGGUAUCGACACAUUUUCACUGCAUCUUCCAACAACAUCUCUUACCAGACUCCCAACAACUCAUGUACCAGAUGAUGGAUGUAAUUCAGAAUGAAGAGGAGAUGAUCUUUUUGUUCCAGUUGAAGGAAGGGUGUGUAGGGCACAGCCAUGCCAAUCAGAUUGCCAAGUCAGCUGGUCUUCCACAAGAACUCAUCCAAAGAGGACUGCAGGUGACAAAUUUGAUCGCUGAAAACAAACCGAUUGAGCGAGCAGACACUGCCAACACCAAGAACCAAUUUAAACGCUGCGAGAUGAUAGUCAAAGAGUUCCUGACAUUGGAUCUAGAUAAGGACUCCUUAACAGACUUCCUACUAGACUUUGUUCUACCUACAGCUAACAAUAUUGUAUAGUACCCUUUUUUCACUUCCUAAAGCAAAUUAAGCAAUACAUACUACAUUUUACCGUUUUUGGCGCAUAUUUAUUUCAUCAGUCACAGGGGUGGAUCCAGUAGGUUGCACGAGGCAUGUGCCCCCUUUUUUGCUGUUAAAUUUUUAAAAUUUCACUGCAAAAGAAUGUUGUGCUCCUCACAUAUAUAUUUUUUUCCUCCCCCCUCCCCUUUGAAACAUUCUGGAUCCGCCCCCUCACAUAUUGAGAUGGAAAUACGAAUGAUUACAAUUGAUACUAGACAGUAACUAACAAGUAAUAAUCAAAAUGGUGCACAACAUAAAUGCAGUAAAGCAGAACUGAAACGUAUUCAUGAAUUUUGUCAAAAAUUCUGAUGUAAAAGUAUGGUCACAAAUCUGACCUCACUGCAUAGUGCUAUGUAUGUUGAAAUAAAUUAUACUUUGAAUCUGAGUAUACAGUGCAUUUGUACCUUCACUGAAUUCCAUCAAUAUACUUUACUUUGUUCAAUGUGCUUUAAAUAAGUAUUAUAGAAUUGUAGGUAAUCUUGAUUGAAUCUUCUUAUGGCCUUUGUAGCACAAAUGUUAAAAAAGUUUUAAUCCCUAACACUGUCAUAUAAAAUGAUUAAGGCAAAACAAAAUAUUAAAGUUAUACAAUGUUUUAAUGUUAAAAAUCUGCAUCUGAUUUGAGUGAUUCAAACAACCAACACAAUAAAGUAUGAUUUACUUCAAAUAAUAGGAUACAAACAGCCAACGCAGUGAAGUAUGAUUAAGUUCAAAUAAUAUGAUACAAACAGCCAACACAAUAAAGUAUGAUUUACUUCAAAUAAUAGGAUACAAACAGCCAACACAGUGAAGUAUGAUUAAGUUCAAAUAAUAUGAUACAAACAGCUAACACAAUAAAGUGUGAUUUAGUUCAAAUAAUAUGAUACAAAAAGCCAACACAGUAACUUACGAUUUAGUUCAAAUAGUAUGAUACAAACAGCCAACACAAUAAAGCAUGAUUUAGUUCUAAUCAA